UGCAAAACUGCAAAAACAGUGAAUGUCAGUCAUCUGAAAUUAUGGUGGAAUAGGAUUCAGUCUAAAUUUUUGUAAAGACAAAAAUAAUUUUUAGUUAAUUAAUCAUUUAAAAAUGGCAAACGUAUUCCGAUUAAGUAUUAAUCGGAUUUUAAAUUCGAAACCAGCAUUAUUAAAAAAAAGUACAACAUUUAUAACCAUACAAAAAUGCCAUAUAUCAGGAAAAACUUUACGUGGAAGUGAAUUAGCAAGACCUCCACCGUAUCCUUACAAAACUAAAGGAUAUGGAAUGUUAAAUGCAUUGUUUGAUAAGACCACCAGUCGUUUCAAUGAAAACAGUAAGGUAAUCAUUAUUGAUGGUCCAUUAGCUGCAGGUAAAACUGAGUUGGCUAAACAAUUAGCUGAAGAAUUGGAAAUGUUAUACAUUCCUGAAGCUAAUAUGGAUAUGUACUACAUCAAUGAUUACGGCUACGAUAUGCGUCAAUUAGAUGAAAAAUUACCAGAAUCGUGUCGCAGCUUUGAUGUUAAAGACUUUUGUAAAAAUCCAAAACAUUUUAAUGUUGCAAAUUUCCAAAUUUUAAUGUUCCACAUUCGUUUUGGACAAUAUUUUGAUGCAAUCGCACAUCUUUUAAAUACCGGCCAAGGUGUUAUCUUAGAUCGGAGCGUAUUCUCUGAUUUUGUUUUUAUGGAGGCCAUGUAUAAAUGUGGAUUCGUUUCAAAAGGAGCUCGAUCUGUAUAUCAACAAAUUCGUGAGAAUGUAAUGGACGAAUGUAUUUUCCCGCACUUAGUUAUAUAUUUGGAUAUUUCGGUGGACGAAGUUAAGAAACGUUUAGCCAAACGUGCACUCCCCCAUGAAAAGAAUAGUCCAGCAUUAACUGAUCAAUUUUUAUCAUCCAUUGAAUAUGAAUAUAAAUCAAAAUAUCUCAAAUCUAUGACACCAAAUUCAGAGCUAUUAAUUUAUGAUUGGACUUCACAUGGUGACAUUGAAGUAGUAACAGAAGAUAUUGAGCGUAUAGAUUUUGAUCGAUUUAGUAAAUACGAUACACAAUUACGGGAAUGGCGAUUACGAAAUGAAUGGGAAUGGGCGGCAUUACGUAUAAAAUAUACAAAUGAAAAGGAUAAUAUUUUGAGCUACUUUAAUGUAGCACGAUUUGAUGUCCCUGAAUUGAUUGUUGAACCAUACGAUGCGAAAAAAUUGCGUGAGGUUUGGUUAAGUGCUCCUGGUAUGCAAUACCGUUAUGGAUAUAACGAAGAAAUGGGAGAUUCAGGUAUUUUAACAAGAACAUCAAUGUUAGGACCGGUUGAAAAAAAAUAAUUUAAAUAAUAAUUCAUGUAAAUAGAAAUGGAAUUAUAAUAUGCAUCUUUUUAAUAAAAUUGUUAAGAACCAUAAA